AUGGAGGGUCAAAUCUUAUGUCCUUGGUGCUAGAUUAGCGUAGGUUUUUUGAAUUGUUGUACUUGUCAUAAAGAAUUUGAAUUAUUAUAAUGCAAUGGUUUACCUGUCGCUUGCCCUAUUUGUGUUAAUGUAAAUAUUAAAUUUUUAUUACAUUUAGACAAGCUUAGAUACAUAUUAUUAAAGUGAAGAUGAUGUUGAGUAACAUAGAAAUUGUUUUAGAAAUUCAAAAAGAAUGUUUUACCAUUGUCAAGGUUGUGAUGGUUACUUUUGUUAAUGUGUGUAAUAAUUUCUAUUAAACUUUAAGAGAAAAACAACUGAAAAGAUAAAUUAUAUUAAAUCCUUGUCCUUUGGCUAUGAGAAAAUAGGCUUAAAAAGUUUGA